UAACACAGAGUCUGGAAUCUGAGUGGGCCAGAAAGUGCCUGGGCAGGGGCUACUAUAGUAACCUCCUGAAAUGCCUGCGCUCCGAGGGGGCGCCUGCCUUCAGAUCAGCUCCCCCGUGGGGACCACUGGGUGUCCGUCCUAGCCCUCCAGCGUGCCUCAGUUUCCCCGUCUGUGGCGGGCCACUACUAAUCAAGAUAGGUGCUGCAGGAGCAGCUGCGGGCCGACGGAAGGUCACACAGCUGACGACGGCUGGGUCUCAGCUUUCGGUUCCCGGCGCAGGCUGAAGGAGGGGCCCGUUGGUCCCUAGCCCCAGGCAAAGCACGAGAAUACUCCGGUGCUAGCGGACGCCCGAGGAUGGGCAGUCGGUGUGCGCUUUGCGCUAGGCCGGGCCCCCAGGGCGGUCAGCUUUACUCCGGGUACCGGCCGGGCAAGAUGCGGUCUUCCUUGGCGCCGGGCGUCUGGUUUCUCCGCGCCUUCUCCAGGGACAGCUGGUUCCGAGGCUUCAUCCUGUUGAUCACCUUCUUCAUCUACACCUGUUAUCACAUGUCCAGGAAGCCCAUCAGUGUGGUCAAGAGUCGUCUGCAUCACAACUGCUCAGGAAUAAUCCAGCCCACCAACAACACCCACAGUAUCAACGACACCACGUGGUGCAACUGGGCCCCAUUUGAUCAGAGCAACUACAAGGAGCUCCUGGGGGCCGUGGACAAUGCCUUCCUCGUGGCCUAUGCUAUCGGCAUGUUUAUCAGUGGUAUUUUUGGGGAGCGGCUCCCCCUGCGUUACUACCUCUCAGCCGGAAUGCUGCUCAGCGGCCUUUUCACCGCACUCUUUGGCCUGGGCUAUUUCUGGAACAUCCACGUGCUCUGGUACUUUGUGCUUGUCCAGAUCUGCAAUGGACUUGCCCAGACCACCGGCUGGCCCUCCGUGGUGGCCUGUGUUGGCAACUGGUUUGGGAAGGGGAAGCGAGGGCUCAUCAUGGGCAUCUGGAAUUCCCAUACGUCCGUGGGAAACAUCCUGGGUUCCCUGAUCGCCGGCAUCUGGGUGGAUGAGCAGUGGGGCCUGUCCUUCAUAGUUCCUGGCAUCAUCACAGCCAUCAUGGGCCUCAUCACCUUCUUCUUCCUCAUCGAAUACCCAGAAGACGUGGACUGCACCCCUCCUCAGCACCACGUCGAGUCAGAAGAGAGCCAGGACCUCCCUGAGGACUCCCACUCCAACAGGGACAGCAGCCUGGAAUCUGCUGUCACCUACUCUAAGGAGCCAGGCGCCCAGCCUGCUGCCAUCAGCUUCUUUGGGGCGCUCCGGAUCCCGGGUGUGAUCGAGUUCUCCUUGUGUCUGCUCUUUGCCAAGCUGGUCAGUUACACCUUCCUGUACUGGCUGCCCCUCUAUAUCUUCAAUGUGGUUCACUUUACUGCCAAGGAGGCUGGGGACCUGUCCACACUCUUCGAUGUUGGUGGCAUCAUAGGCGGCAUCCUGGCGGGGCUCAUCUCUGACUACACCAAUGGCAGGGCCACCACCUGCUGCGUCAUGCUGAUCUUGGCUGCCCCCAUGAUGUUCCUGUACAACUCCAUUGGCCAGAGGGGGAUCAGCAUCUCCAUAGUCAUGCUGAUUAUCUCUGGAGCCCUGGUCAAUGGCCCUUACGCGCUCAUCACCACUGCUGUCUCAGCUGACCUGGGGACUCACAAGAGCCUGAAGGGCAAUGCGAAGGCACUCUCCACCGUCACGGCCAUCAUCGACGGCACAGGGUCCAUAGGUGCGGCUCUGGGGCCUCUGCUGGCCGGGCUCAUUUCCCCCACAGGCUGGAACAAUGUCUUCUACAUGCUCAUCUCUGCCGACAUCCUGGCCUGCUUGCUCCUCUGCCGGUUGGUGUACAAAGAGGUCCUGGCCUGGAAGUCAUCCCUGCACCGAGACAGAGGCUCUAGUGUGGCCCUAACCCAUGCGCGAUAGUAUUUUCCUCAAGUCCCAUGACUUUUGUAUAGAGAAAUAUGAGGCCCCGAUCAGAACAGAAGCAUGGAGGGCCCUUGCUGGCUCCCAAAGUGCAACCCCCGCAGAUGGUUGAGGCCAAGCCUCUCGACCCAACAGCAGCCGGCCCUGCCCACAGGGCUGCCAAGGGCUAAGAGACUCCACGGGAAGGGGACCAACCGCCACGCUGGAGGACACAGACCACUCAAGCGCCUUGUUGGAGGACGGAGGGAAUGCAAAGUGCCCACCAAACUGAGAAGGCUUCUUGAGGCCGAAAAAAAUGAAGCAGGCAGCUCUGUGCAAUCAGUGGGUCAGUUUAUUAUAGGGUCACUUCCUCACAGGGUGGGAUGGGGACAAGGAUCGGGCGGACGAUGCUCUGGGCACCAUGCGCAUGGUCCCAGGGGCCAUUGGGGCGAUUUUACAGUUAAGCUAGGCUAGGGAGGCAGGUGCUUAGAAGCAGGACAUGCAUUCCUGAGUUAGGAUUUAAGAUUGGGUAACCAGCCCCGUGGGUGCCGGGAAUACGUCAGGGAAGGUUUCCAUCAUUGUUUGGGGACUAACAGAGCAUAGAAGCUCCCCGGUCCUAAUGAUUAUUCAACAAUAUCUAUUAACCACAAAGUUUUGAUGACAGAGAAGUGUUUUACCGCACACUAGAGUCCUGGGUAGGGGCCACAGAAGGAGAGGAGAAACCAGAGCCUAAGAUGGUAUCGGUUAUGUUGACAGCGAGAUAGGCCUGAGCUCUGGAGGCGGCAAGCGGAAGGGAUAGGGUUCAGGGCUGAGUGGUGUCUCCUCUGUGGUAUAACAAGGAUGUGCUCAGAGUCUUGCUUGUUCAGCUCCCAAGACAGAAGGAGAAGGUUCGGCCAGGCCAAGGCCUAGAAAAAGUGUGUCUCUCCUUCUCGUGUUAAAUUUGAACCUCCGUAAUCAGCUGUACCCAGAAGUGGGUCUUUGAGAGCCAGCCAGCCUCUCCUUGUCCCUGGUCCACAAACCAGUGUUCUCCGUGUGUUUCCCCACGUCGGCACCUCUCCCCCUACCCUCCAUUUGAUCCUGCUUCUAACUGCUGACCCAUUUUGAGAGCAUUAUUGCUGUAUCUUUUGGGGCCAGGACUAGAGAGAGAGGCAAAGGGGGCGUCACUCCUGGGCUUGGGCCUGUGCGGCCCCUGAGAGUGAGGCCACCUUGCCUGGCUCUUGUCCCAGCCCUCUGUGUCUCCAGGGAAGAUGGCCUGUCGGGCAGUGCUGUGGGGGAAGGGGGCAGGAAAUGACCAAAAGUACCGGUGUGUGUAUUAAAUAUUUUGGUAAUGAAA